UAACCGCGAGUCACGACCACGUUGGUAGUCCGGCGUCAAACUCACCGGUGUCAGGUUCUUAUUUCAGUGACGAGCAGAUCGACGUCGGUCUCGUGAACGCGUGAGAUUAUAUUUUUCACGAGAAUAGUAUAAUUUGCUGCUACGCGUUAAAAUUUGUUUUUUAUUUCACACGGCUCCGUUUUAAUACAUUUGUCUGUCUUGACGAUUUUUUUCGUGCCAUCGCUGGAUUUAGGGAAUCGCAACGACAAUAAUUUAUAUAAUAUUUGUGUAUAACAAGCCGGAUAUAACUCUCGACAGCAUUACCGAAUUACCAAUCUAGAGUGACUCCGAGAACAUUUUAUAGUAUUACUAAUCAUAUGAUGUUAUUCAUCGUUACGCAUGGUUCGUCUUCACUAUUAGCCGGAUGUCCGUUAGUAUUGUGAUAACGUCACCGAGACUACGUGCGAAGCUGUUUCGGUUUUUCAAAAUAACGAGAUUCGCCGUCGUCUUUAAGCAACUACACGGCUACAUAUUCACCUGCCACACGGCUCCAAGUCUAGCUGAGCAGCAGCUGCCGCAGCAACAACUGCCGCCGGCUCGAUAGCGGACGGACGGAAUAAUAUUAUUAUCAUCGAAAAAUAACCAAAUACGAUUUACUGGAAACACGACUACUGCGGCAACAACGGACGGCGAUUGCGGCGCGCGAGCGGCGGUGCCGGUUGACGGCGACGAGACAACGACACGAUCGCCCGGACAGCACACCCGGAAAUGGCGCUGAUCGUCCCGGAAGAAUCGCAACGGCCGUACCGGUUCGGCAUGACGCUGGUGUGCAUCGGCGCCCUGUUCAACUGGCUCGGCCUGGCCGAUCAUCACACGAAACCCGUGCCGGCCGUCCGGUACAUCGGCGUCGGUCUGGUCGCUUCGGGCGCAGUGCUCAUAUGCAUGGCCAUGUGCUUUUGGAUGAACAGCGUGCGCGACGACGAAGACGACGAGUCGAUCGACCACAUUCACGUGAUAUCACUGGACCCGCCGGUGCGACUGGACGAGAAGCCGCCUGAUUACGCUUCGGUGGUGGACUUGCCGCCGCCCAGUUACGACGACGCGAUCAAGUUGGACCCUCAGCGACUGAUGGACAGGGGCCACCGGACGGCUGCGACGGACACGUGCUCCGUGACGGUAGUGCCGCCGGACGAGUGCGACAAGACGUCGUCGGGCAACAACGAGUCGGCCGACAACGCCUCGUCGCAGCCGACCGCCAAGUUGGCGCAGGCCAUCCGGAAGAGCAUACGCGACAUACGCAAGCAACUGACGAACACGGUGGGCGACGGUGCAGAUGUCGAACAACAACAACAGCAACAGCAACAGAGCGGUUCCGCGGUCCAUCGAAGCGACCCGGUCGUCCCGACCGCUCUCCGCAAGCCGACGGACGGUCGGAUCGCGACCUCCAACGCGCCGCCGAGGGCCGACUAGCGCGCGAUAUCGUGUCUCGUCGGCUCCGUCGCGGACGCGUUUUCUCUCACAAGACUGAAAUCACAAAACAUUAAUAUUAUAAUAAUAAUAUAUUGUAAUUUUUAAACUUUAGGUAUAAUAUAUUAUUAAUAUUAUUAUUUUGUCGUCGCAGUCGGUUUGCGCGCGAUUCGCGUUCUUCGCGAUCGUCCGGCGCUGCUGCUGCCCCUUUACCUAUACUAUACACUCAACACAAUAAUAUUUUAUGAUAUACUAUUUUAUAAAUACGACGCGUGCGAUACGAUAUUAAUAUUAUUAUUGUCAAAAAUGUUACGUAGAGUACCUUAGCUAUCCAUCACGAUAAUACCGUUGUAUAAAUUGUCGCUUUGCAAGCUGUACCGAUAAUAAAUGUAUUAUAUGUGUAUAUUAUAUUGGCAAGUCGUCGGCCGAAAACGAUGAGUGGUAAAGCCUACGAAAAAGUCGAUUGCCGUUUUAUAAAAAAAUUGUGCAUUGUAUAAUAAUAUAUUAAAUAUUACGUAUAUAGGCGCGUAUUAAUUGUUCCCGUCGACUAGUACAAAAUACAUUUAUGUUAAUAUACACGUAUGUAUACAUAUAUAUAAUAUAUAUAUAUAUAUAUUAUAGAAAUAAUAAAAAAAAAAAUGUUCGAGCGUUCACGCCACAUACUGCAAUUCGUGUUGAGACGGUGCGCCAACCAUCUGUUUAUUAAUAUUAAUUCACCUCUCCUAUAUCCAUUGUACCUAUACACGUAGGUACCUGUUUUGUAAUAACAUAAUAAACUGUAAUAUUAUAAAAUUAUGAUGUUUUGCAUAACAUACAUGCCUCUAUUCGUCAGAACCUCGGAGGUCGGACCGUGUCACUACAGAGUUUAUAUUUGUAUAAUAUGUAUACUCACGACCGCACGAGCACGAUUUGCAUACCGCACGUUUACCCCGUUUUUGACUAUUUUACGGACCUAUAUCACACAUGAAUGCAUUUUUAACGAUUUUAAAUUAUAAUAAUAUUGUAUUGCUCAUACCUUACUAAAUUA